AUGACAACACUUUGUCAUGAACUUGAGUUUUUUAUUGAUGACAUACGGAAAGAUGAGAGGUUCAACAACUUGAAGGAUAUUAAUGAGCUUUCUAUGAUGCUAGUUGAAACAAAUAAACAUUGUUCUUACAAAAUGGUUUAUUUGCUUGUUCGAUUAGUAUUAAUCCUUCCGGUGGCAACUGCAAGUGUGGAAAGGGUGUUUCCUUCGAUGACUUAUGUGAAGAACAAGCUGAGAAAUAGUAUGGGAGAUCAACUAAUGAAUGAUUGUUUAGUCACAUUUCUUGAAAGAGAUCUUUUUGCUAACGUUAGGGACAAUGAUGUAUUGGAACAUUUUCAAAAUUUGAUCGUAGGGUGCCAAGCUGGGAGGGCUAACAGACAUGGCUUAACCCCGGGUUUUAAAGUUAAGGCAGUUAAUCUAGGAGGAUGGCUUGUUACUGAAGGCGGGAUAGUACCUUCUCUUUUUGAUGGCAUUCCUAACAAAGACUUGCUGGAUGGAACACAAAUUCGGCUAAAAUCAGUGACAAUUGGCAAGUAUGUAUGUGCUGAGAACGGCGGAGGGACCAUCUUAGUUGCUAAUAGAACCUCUGCAGCAAGUUGGGAAGCCUUCAAGCUAUGGAGAAUCAACAAAAACACGUUCAAUUUCCGGGUGUUCAGCAAUCACUUUGCAGGAGUAGUGCAGGACAGUAAAGGCAGCCCUGCAGUAGUUGCCGAAGCCAAAACCCCUGCUGCUUCUGAAAUAUUUCGGAUUGUCAGAAAAUCUGAUGACAAAAAUCGUGUUCGAAUUCAAGCUUCAAAUGGUCUAUAUCUACAGGCAAAGACAGAGGAUUCUGUCACUGCAGAUUAUGCAGGAGAUGCUGGUUGGGGGGAUGAUAACCCAUCUGUUUUUGUGAUGAGCAUAGUAAAUACCUUGCUAGGUGAAUUUCAGGUUACUAAUGGUUAUGGCCCGGAAAAAGCCCCUCGAGUUAUGAGGAAUCACUGGAAGACGUUCAUAGUUGAAGAUGAUUUCAGGUUCAUUUCUCAUAAUGGACUCAAUGCUGUUAGAAUUCCUGUAGGAUGGUGGAUAGCCAGUGGCCCGAAUCCUCCUAAGCCUUUCGUGGGAGGUUCGUUGCAGGCUUUGGACAACGCCUUCACUUGGGCACAAAAAUAUGGUAUCCGGGUUAUUGUAGACCUACACGCAGCACCCGGGGCACAAAAUAGAUUUGACCCCAGUGCAAGUAGAGACGGAACUGUUGAAUGGGGAAAGUCCAAUGCUACUGUACAACAGACUGUUUCUGUCAUCGACUUCUUAUCUUCAAGAUACGCGAAAUUCCCUAAUUUGCUAGCAGUAGAGCUGCUCAAUGAGCCCUUAGCGCCUGUUGUGACAGUAGAGACCUUAAAAAAGUACUAUCAGGCAGGAUACAAUGCAGUCCGGAAGCAUUCUUCAAGUGCGUAUGUUAUAAUGAGCAAUCGCAUAGAGGGGCCUAUGAAUCCAAGGGAGUUGUUUCCCCUUGCUGGUAGAUUGCAGUUAAAUGUAAUUGAUGUUCAUUACUACAGCCUUUUCGAGGAUAAAUAUAACGGCUUGAAUGUCCAUCAAAACAUCGACUUUAUCUACAACAACCGGUCCUCGGAAUUGGGUUACGUGACAAACUCUAACGGCGGUCCCCUUAUAUUUGUUGGAGAAUGGACUGCUGAGUGGUUAGUGAAUGGAGCGACAAAGGAGGAUUAUCAAAAAUUUGCAAAAGCACAACUUCAAGUGUAUAGGCGUGCAACCUUUGGAUGGGCUUACUGGACUUACAAGAGUGUGAAAAAUCAUUGGAAUCUCAGGUGGAUGAUUCAAAAUGGUUACAUUACACUCUAAGCCUCUAAGAUUUAAGGCUUUGGUGGUGUUAUACGUAUCUCAGCACGGGUGGAUAUGGAGAGAUACCUAACACUUUUGAAAGUACGACUUUGGUGAACUAGUGCAUGCUAUAUAUACUUUGACUCUAUGAGAAUAAAUGUGAUGCCCAUAUAUUUGUAUUCCAAUAAGCUAUUAAUGGUCAAAGUAGGUUGUCUCUAUUUUAACUUUUGCA